AUGAGUAAAAAAGAAGAUGAAGUAGAAGAACAGACGAUGUUAGCGGGAAAAAGAAAUGAUGGAAAGAAAAAAUCUUGCCAACGACGUCAAUGGCUAGAAAAAAGAAGAAAAAGAAAAAGAAAAAGAAGCAACAUCAUCGACCAGAAUCAGAAACAUCGGAACGUUAAUAGUGGUGGUAGCAAUAGAAGUACGAUUCGGUCUGUAUCGGGCUCUGUUCUACCACCACUAUGUUGGUCGGCAAUAAGUUUAAUGUGUCAUCUUAAAAGUGACCAUAACUUAAAUAAAAAUUGUCUCAAUAGUCGAUGGCAAUGGUCAAAAUCAACUAACAACAUUAAUACAACAACAAUAUUACUUGAUAAUAAUAAACAAAUAUUAUUUCAUCCAAGAACAAGUUCAUCAACACAAGUUAUUCUUGCUGAUCGACCAUUGCCAUCGAAUGGAAAACAUUAUUGGGAAAUCUAUGUACCUGCUGUCUAUGGAACAUCAAUUAUGUUUGGCAUUGCAACAAACGAACAGCAAAUGCUUUCAUCGUCAUUUACAAAUCUAAUUGGUAUUGAUCAACAUGGUUGGGCAUUAUCGCAUCACGGUUUAUUAUGGCAUAAUGGUAUAUCACGUUCGUAUUUAUCUCAACCAAUGGAAACACUUCGACCGAUUUUAGUAGGCCUAGAAUUUGAUGCCGAUGUAAGAACACUUUCCUAUACGAUUAAUAAUCAAUCUAUGGGCAUUGCGUUUCAUUCUAUACCAAAAGAUAAAUUGAUUUAUCCAGCUGUAUCAUCGACAAGUGCACAGAGUACAAUGAUGUUAAAGCAUUGCUGUAAAAUGUGUUCGUCUUUACGUGAACUUUGCUUGAAAUUAAUUAAAUCAUCUGAUUUAAAAGAAAAUAUAAAUAAUCAAUUGUUACCGCGACAUCUUAUUGAGCAAUUGAUUCUGUAA